CCCGACCACAAGGUGCCACAGGGCAUCAGGCGCCCCCACAGCCGGCCGCCCAGCGCCCCUGGGCCAGGCCCGCCCAGCAUUACACCUGGACUCCUGGGGACCCCAUAGGGGCGGGGCGUCGGGGUUCGGGCCACGUGUAGGCCGGGGAAGGAGGGCGGGCCGAGGGCGGGGCCGGAGGUGAGCUGUCCCGGGCCUCACUCCUCACCUGGCGCCCCGCAGCCUCGGUCUGCCUGCAGCAGCUGCCCGGCCAUCGUCACCCAGGUCCUGGGAGCUCCUGUUGAUACGAGACAGCUCUGACAUGUAAGCGAGGCUGGUCAAACGCCGGAAGUGAACCCUUGAAACAGCGGCCCCCCAUGUCUUGGGUGAUGCCCGGCUCCCUGCUGGCGGGAGGCCACACUGUCCCCUUGGCACCCUGCACAGAGCCCAAGACAACCCUGCACGCAGCACCCAGCCCCAGCCUGCCACCUCUGUGCCCUUACUACACCACUGGAGGCUGGGGGGCCCAAGCACUGAUGGCUCCCACACCCAGCAAGGGGCCCCCCGGCCCAGUCCAGCGGGCCCCACAGCCCCAUGCCAAGGCCUCAGGGACCCCGCAGGACCUGGACUCCUACAUUGACUUCUCCCUGGAGACCCUCAACCAGAUGAUCCUGGAACUGGACCCUACUUUCCAGCUGCUUCCUCCAGGCACUGGGGCCCCCCCGGCCGGGGCUGCCCAAAGCCAAGACCCCGGCAGCAAGAAGCAGGAGCCUGAAGCUGUAGAUAUCAAGUACAUCGAAGUGACUUCUCCCAGACCGCGGUGCCGCGAGGGUCCCCCGCGCUGCUCCAGCCCGUCUGUCACCCCGCCCACUGGCUCCCCAUGCGGCGGUGGCCUCCUCUGCAGGGACGCCCCCCGGGAGGCUCGCAGCAGCUCCGACAGCCUGGUCUUCUCCGGCAGCCAGGGCGGGGGUCCCUCCCCCCGCCCCUCCCCCAGCAUCGCCAUCCCUGGUGGGGGGGGCAGGGCCUGUGGCCCCCAUGGCUUGGGCUCCCCAGUGCUCGCCUCCCCAGGCCUGGAGAAGGGGCCGAAGGCCCUGACCCCCCAGCGGGGCAGCAGGGUCUCUGUGCUGUCGGCCAGCCCCACCUCCGAAGUCAGCUACGUGUUUGGGAGCAGCCAGUCUCUCUUCCGCUCCAGCAUCUCCAGCCACCAGUCGUCAAGGUCCUUGGAAAGCCGAGCCAGCUCCUCCUCCAGCCUCCACAGCCUCGGCCCCGGGUCCACAUGCACGAAACCUGGUGACGUCCAGGCCCCCAGCAACCCCACCCCGAGCGUGGUGCAGCCCGGAGUGACCCACUCCCCUCCCCUGGCCACGGAGCAUGCCAGCAGCUGCCCCCCGUCCAUCACCAACUCCAUGGUGGACAUCCCCAUCGUGCUGAUCAACGGCUGCCCCGAACCCCAGUCUCCCCCACCUCAGCAGACACCAGGACACCGGGGCUUUGUCCAGGCUGGAGCUGCUUCUCCCAGACACCCCUGCCCGGCCACCAAGAGCCGCAGCCAGACCCUGCCGGACACCGCCUCUGCCGUGGCCCCAGAGGGUCCUGCCAGAGACGCACAGCCCACCAUGAAGUUCGUGAUGGAUACGUCCAAAUACUGGUUUAAGCCAAGUAUCACUCGAGAGCAAGCCAUCGAGCUGCUGAAGAAGGAGGAGCCUGGGGCCUUCGUCAUCAGGGACAGCUCCUCCUACCGAGGCUCCUUCGGCCUGGCCCUGAAGGUCCAGGAGGCCCCUGCGUCUGCCCAGCACCGAUCAGGCGAGGACAGCAGUGACCUCAUCCGCCACUUCCUCAUCGAGUCUUCUGCCAAAGGCGUGCACCUCAAAGGAGCGGAUGAGGAGCCCUACUUUGGGAGCCUGUCAGCCUUCGUGUGCCAGCACUCCAUCAUGGCCCUGGCCCUGCCCUGCCCACUCGCCAUCCCAAAGCGAGAGCUGGGAGCUGCAGACAGGGCCGCGGAGCGCCCCACAGAGAGCCCGGCCUGCCUGAAGAAAGCUGCGGGCUGCCACACCUUGUACCUGCGCUCGGUGAGCAUGGAGACCCUGAGCGGGGCUCUGGCCGUGCAGAAGGCCGUCUCGGCCACCUUGGAGCAGGAGGUGCUCCCCACGCCCACCGUGGUCCACUUCAGAGUCACCGAGCAGGGCAUCACGCUGACCGACGUCCAGAGGAAGGUCUUCUUCCGUCGCCACUACCCGCUCAGCACCCUGCGCUUCUGCGGCACAGACCCGGAGCAGCGGAAGUGGCAGAAAUACUGCAAGCCUUCCCGGAUCUUCGGGUUCGUGGCCAAGAGCCAGACAGAGCCUCCGGAGAACAUCUGCCACCUCUUCGCAGAGUACGACGCAGUGCAGCCAGCUUCGCGGGUCAUCAGCCUGGUGACGGCGCUGCUGCAGGAGGCCGAGAGGAUGUAGCGGGCAGGCCCGGCUGCACCCCGCCCACCAGCUCCUGGACUCCCGGCCGGCCGAAGCCUUGAACCUCCUGCCUGGCGCACCCCCAGUGUGACAGUGGGGGCAGGGACGUGGAGCGUGGGCCUGGCCCCUGCCCUGAAGCUCGUGACGCUGUGAGCCAGGAUUGGGUUCAGACUGCGAUUCCCUCUGCAUCUGUCCCUGUCCCCGCUUUCCUGAUGGCCUUUUGGAUCCACCUGCCCAGGUGUGGCUGGUGUCACAGGUCCCUCGGGUUGCUGGUGUAACUGUCCCCAAGUGGGAGGUGUGGCGGAGACCCUGGGGCUCUAGGGCAGCUCUGAGGGCAUCUGGCUGUGGUUGGGCAUCAGUUCUUCCCUGCUGAGUCCUCUGCCGGACACCCACACACCCUGAGGCGGACUUGGCCCAGCCCCCCUCUCCAGCCCCGCUGCGGCCACUGGCCUCACAGCCACAAGGGGGCAGCAGAGAGUCAAGAAUGCAAAGAGGUUGCUUGCCAGGGCCUGGAGAAGUCCAGUCUUUUCUGCCCCUUCCCCGUGGGGGAAGGAAGCCCCAGAGGCGGCCGCGGCAGCAGCUUUUCCAGCUGGCGUGGCCUCCUGAGCAAGUGGCACCGGGGGGCAGCAGGGGAGGUGCGGCAGCAUCUCAGGGGGCGCCUUUGGCCAAAGUCGGCCCUGACAGCUGUGAUUUCAGCCCGGAAAUGAGAUCAGACUGCGAGGCCCAGGCUGGCCGGGCUGAUCCGCAGGACAGGACGGCGGCCCAAGCGCUCAAGGCCGCCGGGCCCGGGCCCAGAUGUGGGGCUGGCGGAGUCCCCCUGCCCCCGAAUGUGCCUGUCGCUCCCAUCACCAGAAAUAAAGCAGUGGUCCGAGG